AUGGCACCUUCACCUGGAGAUGUGUCAUCAUCUGAGGAAAAGGUCCUUGAAGAGCAAACAGUAGUAGAGAAUGAUGUACCAGUAGUUAGAGAAGAUGAUACUGAAGAAGAAUUCGAAGACAUAAUUGAGGUGGCACAUGACCUACAAAAUUUAGAGCCUCAAGCAAGAAUACAAUGCAAGUGUAACUGCACACUUUUCAAUGGACACAGAUGCAUUAACCAGUUUUCUCCUGCACAGCAAGAUGAAAUAAGAUACACAGUGAAAGAAUUGACAGAAUUUGAAAAAGACCUUAUGAUUCUCAGAAUGAUAUCGUCAUCAAUUAACGAUGGGGAUAUGACAGCCAGAAAGAAGAAAAAUAACGACUUGAAGCUGAAGAUUGAAGAACAAAAUACCAGUUUUAUGAAGCCUUUCAAAUUCUUCUAUGCACGGUCAAUGAAUAGGAGGGAGAAGUUGAUUGAAGCUGACACAGAAUUACAAGUUAAACGGGAGUACAUCGACCAUCUUGAACCUAAAGUUACAUCCAAUGUGGAUAAAAUGAAGCUGAUGCAAUCUCAACUGGUUAAGAAAGAGCAAGAUAUGAAAGCCAUGGAGGAGAGGUACAAGAAAUACCUAGAGAAGGCCAAGGCUGUGAUUCGAACCCUCGACCCCAAACACAAUCCUGGUUCUGCUCCAGAGAUCCAGGCUCUCAAGAACCAAUUACAAGAGAAACAACGCACUAUAGAACUCCUGGAAAGCGAAAAAGAGAGGUCAAAGGUAACCAGAGACAAUGAAGAAAAGUUGAUUGUUUCAGCAUGGUAUAAUAUGGGUAUGAAUCUACAUCGUAAAGCUGCUGAAGAUCGGUUGAUCCACUCCGGAGGGGGCCAAUCAUUCCUUGCACGGCAACGACAAGCAUCGCAGAAAAGAUCACAAUCAAUUACGGGAAGCAAUUCUAUGAACCGAUGAUCUAUGGCAAUUUUAACAAAAUAAAAGAAAAACAUUCAUUUCAUUUUCAGGUGGUUUUUAACUCUGGUAUCCUCACAGUCUACCAGCAUGGUUUGGUGUUUUUUUUUUUGUGUAUAAAUUCAUUGAUUUUAUUACUUAAUUGUUUAUGUUACAAUAAAUGAACAAUUAAUUCUGUUCCAUAUAUUAUACCUUUAUAUCAGAUAAUGGAAUAUUCUAUUAUUCCACACAGUGCAGGGAAGUGUGUUGCUUUCAGUAUUUUGUUAUUGGGAAGUUACCUUUAUGGGAGAAAUGCAUUUUUGGAAUGUAUGGUAUAGACUCCCAUUUUCCGAGUCCCAGCAACAAAUGGACUGUAUAGUCUACCUUAGGUAUAGCUGGCACAGAAUAUUUGCAAAGCAAAGCCUACUUAACAUACAAGUCAUAUAGGGGAUAAAAAGUGAACAUUGAUGCAAAUUUGAUUUAGAUGUGGACAGAGUAUGCUUGCUUAAUUAAUUUUUGCAGCAGGCAUAAAGUGUAGGGACAGAGGGUCAUUUUUCUACAGUAAAUUCAAAUUCAUCCUAGAGCAAAAACAAUUAAACAUUAUACUGUAUAUUGUCUGUGAUAUCAGUUUUAUAAUUAUGAUCAUAUAAAACUAUGUAGUACUGUAUGUAGUUGACUUUGUGCAGUAAGAAUCGGAUCAGACUACAGAGGGUGUAUAUCAAUUACUGUAAUAUAAUAAUAAUAAUAAUAAUAAUAAUAAUAAUAAUAAUAUUAAUAAUAAUAAAUAAUACCUCUAUACAGUAUUUAUAUAGUGCCUAAAGUUUACAAUGUUCAGCUGGUUUACAAAAACAAGAAUAAUAAUCUAAAUAUAAUAAUAAUAAUAAUAUUAAUAAUAAUCUUGUAAUAAGAAUCUUUAAAAAAAUACAACUAAUAUAAUAAUAAUAAUAAUAAAAUUAAUGAUUAUGAUAAAAUUAUUCCAUUAACAUUGUAGUCACUGAUUGGGAAAGGUCUUCAUUAUACAAACCAAACUUAUUAUCAUUGGCACAUGCUGGUUGUCGUGCUAGCUUACUACAAUAUCUUUAGGUCGGUCUCACCAAGUGAAUUUAGGCGUAGGAGUAGAAAGUUUCUGUAAAUUUUUAAAUGUUUAUUUAAGAAACAAAAUAUCCCAUUGACUAGCUUUGUCUCAUUCCACCAAAUAUGCAAAUGACCAGUAAAUUCAAUAUGAAGAUUACACAAAAUCCCCCAAAAAACUAUGUUAAUAUGAUGAAUGGUACUAAAGUGUUUAUGGUCACACACACUUAAUAUGAAUUAAAUUGAAUUAUAGAAAUGAUGAAUAAAUAGGAAAAAGUAAUAACUAAUAAUUGAUAUGAUAUUACAGAUGUUGAUCAACCAGAAACAUUUUGUAUAAGCUAGACUUUGAUAAACUCCCUUUUCUUUAAAAGAAUUCAGAAAUAUCCAAGAUUUCUGACUAAUAUAAACUUCUCCAAAAUAUUGUUGCAGCUUCUAUAAAUUGUUUUGAAUCAUUUCUACUUAAUAGCCAUCCCCAACAAUUCUUGGUGCUGUAGACUGGAUAACAGGAACCUGAUUGAAGGUUGUAAUUUUAUUUGACUAGCAAACACUCCUCUCUAGGAAUCCUCUGUUAUGAUCAAUUGGAACAUUCCAGUAAACUAUUGAAUUUAUAAAAUGUCAAAAAUUUUAUAUAAUAGAACGUAUACAAAACACUAAGCAAAUUAAUUAUUUAAAUACAUGUAAUUAAACAUUUUUUGUAUUAGUAAAAUUCUCUUUUUUUAUGAUAUUUAGAGAUUAUUUGGAGUGAUUAGCAAACUUUUUUGGAAGAAUGCAAGAAAAAAAUAAUAAUAUUCAAGGAUAAAAAUUAUGAGAUUAAUUUGUGCCUGUAUUUAAGAAUCAGAAAUAUAUAAUAAUCAGAAAUACUAAAAAACUGACAAGAAUAUGCAAAUAUUAUGUAAACUUAUAGAGGUGCUGUAAAGUAAGUUGUCAGUAAUGAAAAAUGGCUGCCGAAUUUAAGAUUUGUAAAUAGGAUUAUUCAGAUAAUUCUGUGCUGAUAUUUCAGAGACAGAAUGCCAGUGCUUCGCGAUGUGGGAAGCAUGUAUUUCUAUAUAUACAUAUAUCUAUAAAUAAAUGUAAAUACAAAAGUAUUGCAACUAUUUUGAAUAUCCCCCACUGUAUAAAAGUUAGGAGGGAGAGGGGAUGUGAGAGGAUUGUGAGAUGGAUAAGUCUUAUAAGAUGUUUGAAAAAGUGAAUGCUCGUUCCAAAAAAAAAAUAAAAAUAAAGAACAUGUGUAUUACUUUAUAGUCAGGAAAAAGGUUGACAGGAAAUUAAUUUGAAGAGGAAAAAAGUAAUAAUGCAAAAUAUGAAAAUGAUGCAAUGUGAGAAUCAGAUGUCUUCUAGAUAUCAUUGAAUUUGUUUUUUCUUUUGGCGUAAAUUGUUGUCAGCGAGUUAAGAAUAUGUUAGUGUUAUCACAGUGACUGUAUGUGUUUCUAACCUAAUUUCAUCUCUUCAACAAGUGAAUUGAGUCACAAAUCUUAAUCCAGUCUCUUUAAGAGGGGUGUGAAGUAAAAAGAACCCUAAUUCGGGGUCUCUAGCAUAGAUGUGAAGACGGCAUGACAAAACAGUUCACAUUCUUCAACCUGGAUUAAUAGAACCUUAAUCUUAUUACUGUACUUCUUUGCAUGAAUUUCAUCUUGAUUUAAUAAAUAUAGAUACAGGUACAGUAUAUAUAUAUCAUUUAAAGAUAAGAAAAUCUGUUAUCUCAUUAUUAGUUUGAAGUGGGAUGUAUUAUGUUGUUGGAUCUUAAUGGUGUUAUUUUGUUAGGGCUUAGAAUAAAAUUGUAUUUAUUUCCCGUGUAAUUUCAAAAAAACAUCCAAUACCCUAAUGUAUGUGUAUAACUUUUAAUCAACAUAUUUAUUCAGUGUUAUUAGAUGAUUAUAAGUUUCAUACAUGAGUGUAGUUUUGAUGGUGUUUGUAAACUUUACUGAAAUGUCCAGUUUUUAGAUUUAUUUUGUAAUUGAUUUAUUUCAGUGGCUAUAGAAUAACAAAGGCCCUGUUAUUAAAAUACCUUUUUUUUUUAUUGAAAUCUUGUGAAGUUUCUUAUCACACGUAUACAGUAGGUGCACAAAUAUGAGAUUAUAUCUUUAGGAAACAAUCAGAAAUUCAUAUUCAAAUACACAAACUAAACCAAUUAUUUAUCUGAUCGGAGUAUGAUGUUCACCUCACGGACUACACGCUUGACAGGAACUGGGGGUAUAAUCUAAAUGUACUUUAUCAAUUAAAAUUAUAUUUUAUUUUAUUAUGUUUCAGUAAUAGAUGCUCUUCAUAUAAAUCAGUGAACAAGAAAUUUUAUAUUUGAAAAUAGUGAUUUUGAUUAUUUUAUUAUUCAUUUACAGAUUUGAUUUUAAGUGAAAUGAUAAAACUUACUGUCAAGACAAAAACAUUUUUAUUGAAAACAAAUUUUUUUUGUCGUCAUAUUUUAUUUUUUAAGUUUUAUAACUGCCUGUCAUGACAGUGAUAUGUAUAGCAAUCGGCAAUUGACUCUCAUGCUUUCCAAAUCGCUUCCGUCCUUGAGCGAGACAUUUUCUCUGAUUUCCCUUCCCACCCAGGGAUGCCUUUAAAACCUACUGCCAUCACCCCUUUAAGGGUAGAUUGGGAUGUGAGGGCGCUAGUCUUUGACUCGAGUUCAUUCUUUCUCAAGUCUAGGGUGUUCACAGUCUAGGAUGUUCACUAAAAAAAGGGUGGUUAUAUAUAAUUUCAAGUCAAUGCAUUAUUUUAAAACAGGGUAGUUUUUUAUUUGAAAUUAUAAAACAGAUUUUAAGACCCAUACCCACAAAUAUUUUCUUAAGAACUUAAUCUGUAGUAGUAUUUGACAAAGCACAACCACAAAAUUCAGUUAUCUUUUUUUUGUGAUGUAUGGUUCUUUGUGAAACAUGUCUAUGGUUGUUAUACAUAUAUAUAUAUUUUAUUUUAUCAGUUUGGAUCACUGUAUGGUUCAGAAUUACAUAUGCUCUUUCUUUGUAGUUUAAGAAUAUGCCAUGUAUAAUAAAACAAUUUUAAUAAAUUUGGCAAUGAAUA